GCGAGGACGGAGCCGCUACCUGCUUCUCCUGCCCUGCGGGCCGCAGCGGCCCCCGCCCCAGCCCGUUCUCCCGGCGCCGCGGUGCGAGCGGAGGGGGCCGGGCGGGGAAGCGCUGCCUCCGCUCCGCCUCUGAGCGCAGCCCGGUGCGGGGAUGUGCCAUUGCCAUGGCGAGGCGGCUCUUCCCGGGGGCCUGGCUCAGGAAACGCUACUACGCUCAGGUUCGCUUCUCAUAUAUGCGAAUGAAGUAUCUCUUCAUCUCUUGGCUAGUAGUAUUUAUUGGCAGCUGGAUUAUAUAUGUUCAGUACUCCACUUACACAGAGCUAUGCAGAGGUCAUGACUGUAAGAAAAUAAUAUGUGAUAAAUAUAAGACUGGAGUUAUUGAUGGAUCAGCAUGUAGUAGUCUUUGCGCUAAAGAAACACUGUAUUUUGGAAAAUGUUUGUCAACAAAACCCAAUAACCAGAUGUAUUUAGGAAUCUGGGGUAAUCUACAAGGUGUCAUAAAAUGCCAGAUGGAAGAAACUAUUCAUCUUGAUCUUGGAACUGAACUGGAACCAAGAAAAGAAAUAGUUCUGUUUGAUAAACCAACUAGAGGAACUACUGUUCAGAAAUUCAAAGAAAUGGUAUAUGGUCUUUUUAAACGAAAGUUGGGUGAACAGGGAAAUCUUUCUGAACUGGUUAAUCUCAUCCUGUCAGUUGCUGAUGGAAACAAAGAUGGUCGAGUUUCCUUACCAGAAGCAAAGUCAGCAUGGGCUCUUCUGCAGCUAAAUGAGUUUCUGCUUAUGGUGAUCCUCCAGGAUAAAGAACACACUCCAAAAUUGAUGGGGUUUUGUGGAGAUCUCUAUGUGAUGGAAAGAGUUGCAUAUACCUCUCUCUAUGGAAUAAGCCUUCCAUGGAUCUUAGAACUUUUCAUUCCCUCUAGUUUCAGAAGAAGCAUGGACCAGUGGUUUACUCCAUCAUGGCCUAGAAAGGCAAAAAUAGCUAUAGGGCUUUUAGAAUUUGUGGAAGACAUUUUCCAUGGACCUUAUGGGAAUUUUCUUAUGUGUGAUACCAGUGCCAAAAACUUGGGUUAUAAUGAUAAAUAUGACUUGAAAAUGGUGGACAUGAGAAAAAUUGUGCCAGAAAUUAAUUUGAAGGAAUUAUUUAAAGAUCGUCACUGUGAGUCUGACUUGGACUGUGUUUAUGGUACAGACUGUAGAACUCUAUGCGACCAAAGUAAAAUGAAAUGUACCACAGAAAUAAUUCAGCCCAACUUGGCAAAAGUAUGCCAGUUACUAAAAGACUAUCUGCUUCGCGGUGCUCCGUCAGAAAUACGCGAAGAGUUAGAGAAACAACUGUAUUCUUGUAUUGCCCUUAAAGUGACAGCAAACCAGAUGGAAAUGGAGCAUUCUUUAAUACUAAACAACUUAAAAACUUUAUUGUGGAAGAAAAUAUCCCAUACAAAUGAUUCUUAGUAUCUUUAACCACAGAAGAAAACAUUGUUGCCACUAUAGGAGAUUUACCACUUUUUAUCAAAUGCAUCUUUGGCAUUUUUAAAAUAUUUCUUCUUAGCUCAGAAUUCAUUAACUUUCCUAACUCUUACUCCAGCAAACACUGCUACUAUAGUGCUUCUCAGAGAGAAUGUGCCACUUAAUGAAUUGUCUGGCAGAAGUUACAAGAGCCUUGUGGUUAGAAUGCUCCAUCAUGGAAAUAAACCAUGUGCUUGCCCUCCCCUUGCACUUUGGCAGAAGACCCUAAACUGGGGUCUCCUGCUGUCAAUAUUCACUGUGCUACCAUAUUGACUAAUUUAAUUUUUUUUUAAUGCUGUGACUACCAUCGUUCAUUUGUAAAUAUCCACUGAGAAUUAUUUUUUUCCAAGUAGUGUUACAAAUGCUUGCCAAAAGACCCACCGCUAUUAGAAAUAAUGUGCUUGAGUCCAAGAGACUCUUUUGAAUGAACUGAACAUUUUGAGGAUGAAGUUUACUAAUAACUUAACAUGGCAAAAUUUGCACAAUGGGAAAUUUUUAAAUUGCUAAACUCAGUGUGACAAUUAAAAUUUAUUCCAGAAAACUGGGUAUUUUAGUAUGAGAGAUUUUUAGUUAGAUUUUGUUUGCAUACACCUUUUUACCUCAUACUUACAUAUAUCUUGAAUGUUAAAACAUUAGCUGAAAGUUCUUAAUUAAAGGUCCUGGUACAACAUGCCAUGUUGGGAGCUAAGAAUUUAAAAUAUGUAUUAUAU